GUGAACACCAAUUUUAUAUUUUUUUUUUCGCAUCGGCUAUUUAGUGUUUUUUUUUUUAAUAAUCGGUCUAUUUAAUUUAGCAAAAACUCUUGCUAAACAUUUUGGUGCCCGAGCAGGGACUGAUUUUUAAUAAAGAAAAAAAAACAUUUAAAUAAUCGAAUACUAAAAUUGUAUUUUUUUUCGCAAUCAGACAUUUCGGUUAAAAAAGAAACAUUAUAAGAACAAAGUGUUUGUGUUUUAAGUGCUAACACAAUUAACCAAACGUUCAAAAAACCGCGGUCGUUAGUAAAACGCUCGGUUAAUAAACAAAACAUUUAAUAUAAAAACAAUAAAGUUUGUGUUUCAUCCCCUUAAUCAUCAAAGGAGCAUCCAAAUGCACUGUAAUUGCUGCUUGUGCCAAAAAGAAAAGGGAAGUUCGAACCAACAACAAAACCAGGUUCAUCGCCAGGAGAGGAAUGCCGACGAGAAUCCACAGCGACAACGCAACGAACUUCGUGGGGGCCAGCCGAGAGCUGCGAGAGGCCAGAGGAGAAAUCUUGAAGCAGGCAGAAUUGUUCGCCGCCAACAGAGGGAUGGAGUUCAUCUUUAUACCUCCCAGGGCUCCUCACUUCGGCGGGUUGUGGGAAGCAGCGGUCAAGUCAGCCAAGAACCUGAUGGUGAAAACCGUUGGCAGCGCGCUCUUGACAGUGGAAGAGCUAACAACGCUGUUAGCAGAGGUAGAGGCAAUCCUCAACUCACGACCAAUAUGCCCCGUCAGCAGCGAUCCCAACGACGGAGAGGCCCUGACACCAGCUCAUCUAUUGGUCGGAGAGAGUCUUCGAGCGCUGCCCAGCGGAUUGCCAACAGACGAGUCGGCCAAGCUGUCGUACUUGAAGAGAUGGCAGCGUAUUUCCGCACUCAAGCAGACGUUUUGGCGAUCCUGGGUGAGAGAUUACGUCCUGGGCCUUCAACAGAGGACGCGAUGGUGCGAUGAAAUGCCCGACGUCGCCGUCGACAAAAUCGUCGUCGUACACGACGACAAUCUUCCGCCAAUGCAGUGGCUGACGGGCAGAAUAAUAGCCGUUAUUCCAGGCCAAGACGGCAAGAUCCGAGUAGCGGAAGUGAGGACGAGGAACGGAGUCAUUAAGCGGCCAAUUCACAAGCUAGCGCUUCUUCCGUUGGAUUGAAGACCAAGGUCCUUCAAUGGGCCCGGCAUGUUUGCCCAUUUUAAUAAUUUAUAAAAAUGAAUUUUGAAAUGAAUUUAAAAUAAUUAUAUAAAAAAAAAAAAUUUGAAUUGAACUGCAAACCCUUAAACUUUUUGUAAAAAAUAGUAGUUUUUUACACCCUUGCCCUUUGUAAGGCUUGGGUAAUUUUAGAAAAAACUGUUAUACUAUAUAGAAAAUAAUUGCCAUUUUUAAAAUUAAUAAAA